AUGAGCCGUUUGGGGACUGAAAGCGCGUUUGAGGUGCUGGCCAGGGCGCGGGCGCUGGAAGCCCAGGGCCGGGAGAUCAUCCACUUGGAGAUCGGGGAACCGGACUUCGAGACACCGGCGCACAUUGUGGAGGCCGGUGUGAAGGCGCUACAGGACGGCUACACGCACUACGGGCCGACGCCGGGUCUGCCGGAGCUGCGGCAGGCGGUGGCUCGCAACAGCCGGGAGGUGCGCGGUAUCGAUACCAACUGGGAGCAGGUGGUGGUUACGCCGGGCGCCAAACCAAUCAUGUUCUACGUCAUCAUGGCGCUGGCGGAAGCGGGCGUCGAGGUCAUAUAUCCCAAUCCCGGUUUCCCGAUUUACGAGUCGAUGAUCGAAUUCUGCGGGGCCAAGGCCGUGCCGAUGCGGCUGCUGGAGGAUCGGGCCUAUCAUCCCGACCUGACGCAAUUGCCGGGGAUGGUCAACGAGCGUACGCGGCUCCUCAUUGUCAACUCGCCGGAGAAUCCGUGCGGCUCUGCGUUCACCGCCGACGAACUGGAAACCAUCGCCAACGUGGUGCGAAGCCAUCCCGACAUGUACGUGAUGUCAGACGAGAUUUACAAGGAUAUUCUGUACUCGGGCGAGCACCACAGCAUCGCCGCGCUGCCGGGUAUGGCGGAACGCACGAUCAUUCUGGACGGGUUCUCGAAGAGUUACGCGAUGACGGGCUGGCGGCUGGGCUACGGCAUCAUGCCGGAGGAGCUGGUGCCCCAUGUGUCGCGACUGGCGACCAACAGUGUGUCGUGCGCGGCAUCGUUUAGCCAGAUUGCCGGGGUGGCCGCGCUGGACGGUCCACAGGACGCGGUGCAGGAGAUGGCCGCCGAGUUUGGCCGCCGUCGCCGUCUCAUCGCGGACGGGCUGGCAUCCAUACCGGGGAUCAACUGCCCGGAGCCGGAGGGCGCGUUCUACGCCUUUCCCAGCAUCAGGGACACGGGCCUCAGCAGCGCGGAUUUCGAGGAGCGGGCGAUGCAGGAGGCCGGCGUGGCGCUGCUGUCCGGGGCGGCGUUCGGUGAGUUCGGCGAGGGCUACGUGCGGCUGUCGUACGCCAACAGCCAGGAGAACAUCAGCCGGGCGCUGGAGAGUCUGGAUGCCAUGGUGCGGGGUUUAUAA